AAAGCUUUUCGUUUCGGUACUUCAUCGAAUCAAACGCGACCGCAAAAUCUUGUUAGUCAGUAUUGAAUUCGAUUUUCAAGCAAACAGACGUUCUAAAAAUUUCUGUAUCUGACGCGUCGUGGUUUCCCAGUUCGCUAAAAACAUAUAUACAUAUGUAGAUAUUUUUAUGUGCAUUUCGGAACAAUAACUUACCAUAUUGUCAUUCCAAAAGAUAUUAACGGAAAAUCAAACACAUCCAUCGGGUUGACGUUGAAACAUUGAUUUUAGUGCACACAUCUAAGUAUACAUCAACUAUAGAGACAAAACUUGAAGACCCAAGAGAAGGCACUUCUGCAGAUUUGUUAAAUAUCUCUAGUCGCAAUAGAUUUUCUUAAGUGUGCCAUCGCGAUGGCUGCACCAGCAGCCUGUACGCGUUUUUCGGACAAUUACGACAUCAAAGAAGAGCUGGGAAAAGGGGCAUUCUCAAUAGUAAAAAGAUGUGUCCAAAAAUCAACUGGAUUUGAAUUUGCUGCAAAAAUUAUAAAUACAAAAAAGUUGACCGCAAGAGACUUUCAAAAACUGGAACGUGAAGCAAGGAUCUGCAGAAAAUUACACCAUCCUAACAUAGUGCGAUUGCAUGACAGCAUACAGGAGGAGAACUAUCACUACCUUGUUUUUGAUCUUGUAACUGGUGGUGAACUUUUCGAAGAUAUUGUUGCACGUGAAUUUUAUUCAGAGGCUGAUGCAUCACAUUGUAUUCAACAAAUAUUGGAAUCGGUCAAUCACUGCCACCAGAAUGGUGUGGUGCAUCGAGAUCUGAAACCAGAGAAUUUACUAUUAGCUAGUAAGGCAAAGGGUGCAGCAGUGAAACUCGCUGACUUUGGUCUAGCCAUUGAAGUUCAAGGCGAUCAUCAGGCAUGGUUUGGAUUUGCUGGCACUCCAGGAUAUCUGUCGCCAGAGGUAUUGAAAAAGGAGCCGUAUGGCAAAUCGGUAGAUAUUUGGGCAUGUGGAGUAAUCCUCUAUAUACUUCUUGUCGGCUAUCCACCAUUCUGGGACGAAGAUCAGCACCGCUUGUACUCACAGAUUAAAGCAGGAGCUUAUGAUUAUCCGUCACCAGAAUGGGAUACGGUCACCCCAGAAGCAAAGAAUCUUAUCAAUCAAAUGCUUACGGUGAAUCCAAACAAGCGAAUAACUGCCGCCGAGGCAUUAAAACACCCAUGGAUUUGCCAACGAGAGCGAGUGGCUUCCGUUGUGCAUCGCCAAGAAACCGUAGACUGUCUCAAGAAGUUUAAUGCACGUCGCAAGCUAAAGGGAGCAAUACUUACGACCAUGUUGGCCACCAGAAACUUCUCGAGCAGAAGUAUGAUUACCAAAAAGGGUGAUGGAUCUCAAGUCAAGGAAUCAACUGAUUCUUCUAGCACUACACUUGAAGACGAUGAUAUAAAAGAAGAUAAAAAAGGAAUCGUUGAUCGCAGUACCACAGUCAUAUCAAAAGAGCCUGAAGAUAUAAGGAUACUGUGUCCUGCAAAAACUUGCCAGCAAAUUACAGGAAACUCCCAGUGCUCGUCAGCAGCUAGACGACAAGAAAUAAUAAAGAUUACUGAACAGCUGAUUGAAGCGAUUAACAGUGGCGAUUUUGAUGGAUACACCAAAAUAUGUGAUCCGCAUCUAACUGCCUUUGAGCCAGAAGCGUUGGGUAACCUUGUCGAGGGAAUUGAUUUUCACAAAUUUUACUUUGAAAACGUUCUUGGUAAAAACUGCAAAGCCAUAAACACAACCAUACUUAAUCCUCAUGUGCACUUAUUGGGUGAAGAAGCCGCUUGCAUUGCCUAUGUCAGACUCACGCAGUACAUUGAUAAGCAAGGUCAUGCACACACCCAUCAGUCCGAAGAGACGCGCGUCUGGCACAAACGCGACAACAAAUGGCAGAAUGUCCACUUUCAUCGAAGUGCAUCUGCAAAAAUAAGCGGAGCUACUACAUUCGAUUUUAUACCCCAGAAGUAGUGGGCGUUAGUCAAUGGAAUAUGAACUGUCAUUAUGCACAUGUCUAAGAAAGUGCUGCAUUCAUACUUGGAAGGCGCAAGAGUAUUUUGCAAAUAAAGUUGUUAGUGCGAAUUUUAUUAUUUUUUAUUUGUUUCUAAGUAUUUUGUGUCCCCCCUGUUAUUCUACGUUAAAUAUGUAUGACGAUUAAAAAUCAUAUAUCGCAAUUCA